CAAGAGUCUCUUACCAUUACCAAACACCACCAUGUGCACGUUAGAGAAGCGAGGGUCAGUCUUCGUUCUAACCCUAACAAGCGAGAACGACGAACAGCACCGCCUCAACCCCGCCCUCCUCUCCUCCCUCCUCGCCGCCCUCUCCCAACUCAACUCCCAAGCCACCGCCUCCUCCGCCCUCAUCACCGCCGCGCACGGCAGAUUCUUCUGCAACGGAUUCGACUUCCGCUGGGCGCAGGCCGCCGCCGACCAGCCCUCCGCCCGCCGCCGCCUCCGCCGCAUGUCCGACUCCCUCCGCGCCGUCCUCGCCGCGCUCCUCUCCCUCCCCAUGCCCACCGUCGCCGCCCUCUCCGGCCACGCCGCCGCCGCCGGAACCGUCUUGGCGCUCGCGCACGAUUACGUCCUCAUGAGGAGCGACCGCGGCGUCAUCUACAUGCCGGAGGUGGACCUCGGCAUCACGCUCCCCGACUACUUCGCCGCCGUGGCCACGGCCAAGAUGGCGGCGGCGAGGCGCGACGUGGUGCUGGGCGGGAGGAAGGUGAGGGCGGUGGAGGCGGUGGCGAUGGGGAUCGUUCAGUCGGCGCACGAUAGCGCGGAGGGCACCGUGGAGGCUGCGAUGCGCCUGGGGGAGGAGUUGGCACAGAGAGAGUGGGUUGGGGACGCUUAUGCCGAAAUUAGAAAGACUUUGUACCCUCAAUUUUGUGCUACUUUGGGUUUAACACCUAAAGCCAUUGUUUCCAAGAUCUGAUUAGUUACUAUUGUUUUGUUUUGAGAUACCUUAUAAGGUUAAGGCUUAAAAUCUAAUUUGGUUUCUUAUAA